AGAUGCAAAUGCCUUGAAAAAUCCAGCAGAAGUUAACAUGUGGCCCACCAUUGGAAAAGACAAUGUCAACCAAUAUGGUGCUACUGGUAACGAGAACACUAAAGGUGAUGUGAACAUGGAAGCGACCAUAACAGCUGAUGAUGUUAUACGGGCUGGUGGCUUUGGAGCUAUGGAUGAUAUAAGCAGCCUCCUUCCCGUUGCAGUUGAUUCUACUGAUUUUGAGGCUUCUCUCCGUGAUGCCCGUGAUUUCGAAGAACCUCAGGGGGAAAUAUCCCGACCGGGUCUUGGCUGGUCAGAAGUUACGGAAUCAGAAGACUGUUAAUUUGCAUAGUUGUUGUUAGUGGGCCAUGGUAGUUGUUACUGACUGUUAUAGACUGACAGGAGAACCAUAGGCAGAUCCUAUAGUUUGUGACAAGUGGCUUCUCGUAAUUGUGUUACAACCUUGGUACAAGGUAUGCUUUUGAAAUACUACAGACGAGAAUGUUCAUUAGUUUAAUGCUGCAUAGUCCCAACA